AUGAAAUCUGUUGAAGAGAAUAUGAAAAGCAUAACUGAAGAGCUCAGGGAGCUUAAGGUCUCUAACCAGAGAAGACCUUACGACAACGGAUACAAAGAGACAGGGGCAAGUGGUAGAAAGCAGGAGAUAAGAUGCUAUGAAUGCAAAAAGCCAGGACACAUCAGACGUAACUGCCCUCAGUUAAAGAGAAGGCAAAAACAGUCAGAUGACAGGUCUGGAAAAGCAUCUAUGAACCAGGCCAACGGAGAUGGAAAAAGAGCAUCAGGACCACAGGUGUCCGUAGGCCUCGGUUCAUCUAUAGAGGAAUGUGGGUUGUACAUAAAUGUAAAUGUUCAAGGGGUAAAAGCUAAGUUUCUAGUAGACACUGGUGCUACUGUUACCCUUGUGUCUGAGACAUUAUACAGAAAGUUACCUGCAUCUGUGAGACCUAAGUUACAUGAGGUAAAUCAGAUCAUCAUGUCCGCUAAUGGUACUGCUCUGUCUGUUCAUGGGAAGGCAGAAUUCAAUAUUGGCAUUGACCAGUUGACAUACCACAAUGAGGCAGUAGUUGCUAACUUAAAGGCAGAUGGCAUACUGGGCCUAGACUUUAUGUAA